AUGCGUCCGUGUGUGGACGGGGUUGCCCGCAGGGGCAGGAGGCGCCGCCGAGUCUCGCGAGAAGAAGGAGGCGGAGGAGGAGGAGGCGGCGGCGAAGGCGAUGGUCCGCGAGUUGUGGGGGGAAGGAAGGAAACGCCUCAGAAAUUGUUGGGUUCAUCAUUAGAAACAAAAAGUAAGCAAUGGAUGGCCAUAUCAGGAUCCGAAGCAGUCAUAGGAUGUCAAGGGUACCAGUGAGAAAGAGCUUUGGUGAAUGUUCAAUGCCUCCCCUGAAGGCAUUGUUGCAAAGUGAAAAAGAAUUAUGCACAGUAUCGGCAGAAGAGUUGAAGGCGGAGAAAGACAAUUUCAAUGAGGUCACAUUUCUGUGCUUUGCUGAUGAGACAGCUGUUGCUCCUAAGGAAUUGGCAGCCAUGUCUGUUGAGCUCCCAGAUCUUCUGAAAUCCCUCCAUUUGUGCACUUUACAUGAAAAUGAUGUCAUUUUUCUAAAGGAUAUUCACAAACCAUUGGAGACUAGUGUUCUUAAGCAGAAGAAUUACCCCUCACGGAUUCUGUGUGUGAUGAAAUUGUCUCCAACAUUUGCAAGACAUGAAGUGGAUUCUUUAUUUAUUUUACUGAGUAAAUAUGCUGCUGGUAUAAGAUGUACUGUGGAAAUACGCUCAUUGCAGAAGCACCUGUCUGUCAUACCCCAUGCUGAGGAUGAUGAUACUAAUCAGUCAGUGUCAUCAAUUGAGGAUGAUUUUGUUACUGCGUUAGAACAUUUAGAUGAAGAUGAGCCUACAAAAAUGAUAAACUCUGGCCAAGUUACACCUGAGAAACUUCAAGAUGCUGCUUUGCAGACCAUCUCUCUUCAACGUUUGGAAUCUAUUGAUCCAAAGUUUAAUUUUCUGCAUCGGAAGCCAUCUGUCAAGUCAUCAGCUUCUCUAGUUAACAUCUUGGAAUUAAAAGAAUUGUCGUCUUCUGUAAGAAAUUCUGUCACAACUUCUGUUUCGGAUCCUUGGCUGCAGAGGAGUUUCUUCAGGCCACAGAAUUCUUCUGAUCAGAAUGUUAACGUUUUAUGUAAAACACUGUUUUCUUCUUCUCCUGCUGAAUCAUCAGAGUCAGAUUGCUCUAGCCCAAGCCCUAUUAUUUUCUUAGAUGAAGAAGGGUAUCAGAGAAGCCUGAAGGCAAAACUUCAGCUACCAAAAAUCCCAGUAAUGAAAGAUGGCAUAGAGGAUUCAGACUCUGAAGUAAGUGAAUUUUUCGAUAGCUUUGACCAAUUUGAUGAACAAGAACAAACACUGGAGAGUGGUUGUAAACAUUCUAGGGGUCCUGUCCUUCAACAUCCAUCUCAUAUGAAAAUGAUUUCACAUAAAAGGCCACGCUCUGCAACCACUGCAAUGAAUCCUCGAAAGUUCAAGUUUGAUCAUCCCACUCUUCCAGCUAAUGUGAGGAAGCCAACUCCUCGCAAACCAGAAUCUCCAUAUAGCAACCUCUUGGAUGUUCCUGAUUCCCCCCGGCCAUUGAGAACAUCAGGGGAUGACAGUGGAGGCUUGUUCAGCCCUAUCAGAUCUUCAGCUUUCAGUCCAUUAGGCAGCUGUCUUUCAACAGAGUGUCCUUGUCAGUUGGGUGUCAGUAGAGAUGCCAUUAACCAAAAGCACAAUCUAGUUUGUCACACAUACUCAGAUUUUGCAAAUAAUAUUUCCUUUGAAAUCUUAGGUUCGGUCUUUAAUUCCAGAUCUCCAUCAUCAUGUAGAUGCACACAGGAAUUUUCUAACAGUAAUAGGAUUGUCUCAAAAGAAGAAACAGUCCAGUCGGCAAAAACCCAAGGGGAAACUUCUGGAAAAGAAUUAGAUAACAAACAAAAAUCUAAAUGCAAAUCACUAAUGAUUAAAGACCACAUCCAGAAAUUUGCAUCAGAGCUUGUUGAGAAGAGUUUUGGCAGUGCUUUUAAAGAUCUUCAGAAAGGUGUUUCUUCAUGUACUAAUGCACUCUGUCACUUGGCUGCAAAAGUGACUUCUUCAAUCUUUCAAAUGGCUUUUUAUGAGAUUGGGAGGCAGCAAGCUUUUUCACUGAAGAAGAAAGCUAUUAAUGGACUAGCAGGCUUUUGGGUGAGUGAAGCGUUAACAGGUGCUUUAAAAGAGCUACAUUCUGUAAAGCAACAAAUAUUUACCAACACAGUUGCAAAAUUUGCAGCAAACUUGGCUGAGGAACUAAUUUUUGAGGGGAUCAUGGAAGUGUGCCAGUUUUCACACCCAUCAACUCCUACAACUUUCCAGAACACGUCCUUCCAUUAUGAUGAUAAAGUUAUACAGUCAUAUUCCAAAGACUUGUCUGAGUCGGUUAUUCAGGAAGCUUUUAUUGAGUUAUCACAGGUUGAGGUGGCAUUUACGACACAAGCAGCAAUUAGUAUUUCCACGGAAAAUAUAAAGUGCAUAGGUGCAGAAAGUAGUUUGGAGUCAACACAGGCCUCCAAUGCUUCCUCUGAGUUUCAGGAUCAAGAGCCAGUAGCCUUGAAUUCAAUACAGGAAUUCAGGGAGGAAUAUACAGUCCAUAAAGCUUUGUUCUGUACUUCUGGCAUUGCAAGUUCAAUCCCGGUGCCCUUAGCUGGAAGCAUACUUUGUCAAAAUCAGAUUUUAUUUAAUGACAUACAGGUAAGGAAACAUUCAGCAUCAACAGGCAGUCUGAAAUUUUAUAAAAAAUCAGCAGAGCGGUGUUGUGCAACACAAAAAAGACAAGAUGAAGUGACAUCAGUUAGAAAUGUUUACUUGAUGACAGAUAACAUUCAGAACAGUGAAUAUAAUGCACAUAUUGUAUGUACACAAAGUGACUCUAAGCAAGCAAAUAGCCCUGAAGUCAGUAAAUUUUCAGACUUCGCAACUAGGAUGCCAAGCGUCAGUAAUUUUUCUGGAACAAUGGUAGAUAUGAUUGUAACUGAGGCAUAUGAAGCAGUAACCUCUUCCAAGACAUCCAAAAAUGCAGAACAAUACACAGAAAUACUAAAAUUGGAUAAAAUGUCAUAUUUGCCAUGCAUUGGUGAAGAUCCCUGUGAGAAUAUGUUUGCAAAUUAUUUAGCCAAGCGAAUAGUGAAGCAGUCUGUAGAUGAAACUAAAUCUGCAUGUUCUGUUACCGGUGAGAAAUUAGCAUACUGUGUGGGAUUGGGAACCAGUAAAAAAAGCAAUAGGAAAGAAUUGCAUAGUGCAAUAAAACAAUCGGAAACAAACAAAAGUAUUCCAGUAAUUGUAGGGCAGCAGCAGAUGCCCUUGAACAGCUCAUCUAAAUUUCAUGUAUCGCCAAUUUACUCUAAUAGGUGUCUGCUUUCAGGGUCUAAAGAUGGCAUCCAGGGAAAAAAGAGACAUGUGGGUUGCAGGAAUUCCACAUCCACGCCAUCUCCUUGUUCUGCAAUGACUUUUGUGAAACCUGCUGAAGAAUUUCCAGAUGCAGAAAGCUGUUCAGCAAAAUCCUCAAGCAAUCCACUGGGGAAACACAACACAUACAAAUCAGCAGGGCACCAUGCACUUUGCUCUACAUUUGGUCCUGAAAGAACUUUUCCUAGCAUUAAUACCUUCACUUCUGUGGCAACUAACUGUGAAGAUGCAUUUCAGAUGGAAGACAAAUUGGGUAUCAGAGAUGAAACUCCUUGUGUCCUACCAGACACACCUCCACCAACACCUUUAUUAGCAACCCAAACGAGUUCAGAGUGGAAUUUAAGAAAGCUAUCAAAGAAACUGAAAGGUGAACUAGCAAAGGAGUUUGCACCCGCGACGCCCCCUUCUACCCCUUACCGAUCAGAAACCGGUGGAGUAUAUGAAAAUGAACGUCAUGACUUAGAAAAGGAAGAGUUCGUGUUGAAACUGAUGCGGUCUCUCUCUGAGGAAGUUGAAAGCAGCGAAGAGGAAGAGCAUUGGCCUGUAGCUUUGGAUGAGAGAACGAAAACAUCAGGAAGGUCAACAGAAUAUGCCGAUCAUCUAGCCACUCACAUAAUUGCUGUGGCAACCGAAAUGGCUGCUUCACAUUUAGAUUAUAAAGCGGUUCAAAUGGAGAAUAAUAAAUGCGUUCAAAUAAGUGCAGAAAAUAAAAGAUGUGGGCAUCGUGGAUUUGUGAAUUUUUCAGAAGCCAACCUACAUUCGUUGUUGGUUUAUGCUGGUAAUAUGGCUGGAAAGGUCAUUAGUGAAGCUCAGAAAAUAGUUGAAUCCAAACAUUGCACGCUUCUAAGGCUGAAGCAAGUGAACUGCUGGGCAGAUGGCGUUCGUCCUAAAAGAAACACUCAUAAAUGCUGGUCCAAAGACAUUAGGUGUCCCUGGGCAGACCAGGGGUCUCGAGAGACAGACUCUUCUAUACUCUAUCUACCCCAGCACCCAGAAGCUCCAGGUCUGACUUCCAAAUAUCCAAGUUGUGAGAGUGUAACUGAUGAAUACGCAGAUCACAUCAUUCGUAUUCUAAAAAGAGAAGGUGGCCACAAUGAACUGAUAAUGGAUCAGUUUGCCAGUAGACUUGCUUACAGAUCUAUAAAAUAUGGAAUGCAGGAAGCUGCUGGGAAACUCGGGAAGAAGUAUAAAAGUAAAAUAGCUCCCUCCGAGGGAUCAAAGGUAAACAGUAAGGCUGAUCCUGGUGUGGAUGGAAAGAAACAGAAAAAAUGUAACAUUUGUCAUUUGGGGCAACAAGCCUUUGGAAACAAAUGUAGCACACACAGAACUGAAUGUACAAAGUUACUAGAUUUUUCAGAAUCCCUUGCUUAUAGCAUAACAUCUGAUGCCAGAAGAAAAAUGAGAGGAGCUUGUCUGUCAAAAUCUUUAACUGAUCCCUGUUUGUAUAAAAAAUCUAAGAAUGAUAAAGUCACUGAUCUUAAAACAACAUUUUCUAAAGCACUUUCUCCUUUCUGUUGCAAACAAAAGCUUUAUCAUAGUACAGGCAGUUUAAAUGAACCUACCUACAGAAAUGGCAUUAUUCAUGCCGUUGAACAGUAUGCUAGGAAGGUAGUAGAUGACACUUUAGAAGCUAGCUUGGAAUCUGCUAUGCUGCAAACCACUGAAAACUGGACAAAUGGAGAUAGAACAACACAUGCAGAAAAGUUGUCUCCAUUUUCUGCAACAGCCUGCAGAUACUGUAGUAUGAAGGAGCAUCAAUACUGUACUGGAAGUUCAUCUUUGCAGCUGACUCGGCAAGAACUCCACUCUCAAGUUAAUCAGAUUCCCAGAAUAAGUGGAAGCUGUCCUAAAUCUCGCAUUCUUCACCUGGAUAUUCCAAAAAUUCAUAUUAAUAUGGAUGAGAAGGUAGUAUUUGCUGAAAAUGUGGUUGCUACAGUUUUUGGCAAAGCAGAAAGGCAGCUUAGCAACACAAGUUUGGCAGCGGAUAGUGGAAUUGGCCAGGAUGGAGUCAGCUUUGCUGAAAGCCUUACUACAGAAAUAAUGACUUCCUGUAUGACAAACAUUAGCCCACCUGCCAACAUAAGCUCUGUGGGAAAAGAAGGGUUUAAUUCUGCUGAAUCCAUAGUCAGCCAGCAGAUGAGUCUCAGCACUGGUGACGACAGCACUGGCAGCUGGUCCAACCUGAGUUUUGAAGAUGAGCAUCCUGAUGAGAAUAGCAGCUUUCUCCACCUCAGUGAUAGGUAACUAAAAUACCUUUUGUACAUGCUCACAGCCUUAAUGAUACGGUUUAUCCUUCAGCCCUGCAUUUUUUUUUAAAAGUUUCAGUUUUUGCUUGAAUUCAGCUUUGGGAGAAUACUAUUUUCAAUAGUCAAAAAGUUAAAACACAAGUCAUAAGCAAAUGAAACUUUAAACACCAUUAUGUAAAAAGAAAUCUUAAAUCAAGCAAUUCUUGCCCUUGGGAGCAACCACGGUAAUCUUGGUGUUAUAAGGGGAAAUUAACCUUACAUUAAAAUUUCACACAUGGUUACUGUAAUUAAAUCACAGUAUACAAGUGUGACUUCUGAAAAUUCCUCAAAAUAUUAUUUGUAUGGGAUGUGACUCGGUCAGAGUUAAACAUUGUAAAUAAUAUAAUGUAUGGCUUAAAUAAGAUGUGCCUGUGCAGGAGCAAAACAUAAACUCACUGCAAGAAUCUCAACGCAGAUCAAACGAGGCAAUGGAGACUUAUUGUUGACUGGAGUGGUAGAACUACUGUGAUAAGAAGAGAUCUACAUGACACAAUUGUUUUAAUUCCAUUUCUUCAUCUAUUUCCCCAUCAUUUCUCAACCCGAUCAGUGGAAAACUCAGCCAGUUUUCUGCAGCCUGUAACUUUGGCAUUUUCCAUCCUGACAUUUAGUGCCCAUCCACAACAUCCGACUUCCCAAAUAUCAGAUGAAUCAUUCUGUAGGCAUUUUAAAGGGUACUAAUUUUACAAGCAACUUUUAAAAAGAGAACACAUCUUUAGUGGAAGGUCCAGCUGCAUUUCUCCUACUUGUAACUCAUGUUGGCUUGGCAUUUCCAGGCAGGGGCGCCCUUACAAUAUUUUCUGGGCCCAGCAUGCUAUAUGUGGAUUGGGACCCCCAUUUCCUUUGCAGUCAAUGACAAAGUUAGAUAAAAUUUGCAAAUGCAAGUUUGCAUCCUCUUUGUGGCUGGGGUGGAGGCCCCAAAAAUAAAUUGGGCAAAACACAAGUAAUACUACUACUACUAGUAGUAGUAGUAACACUAAUAUUAAUUUAUUUAUAUGCCACCCAUCUGUCUAGGUUGCCCCAGCUACUCUGGGCGGCUUCCAGCAAUUUAUUAAACCACAGGUUUAGAAAUAAGGUGUCUGACAGACAGAAUGUAAACAGAUGAAGCUUUCCCCACAAUUGUAUUUCCAUAUAAUCAAAGGCUUAACCUGCAUUUCUGCCUGCCAGACUACUGUUAAAGACACAAGAGCUCUACUUCCCCCCACAAUGCAACUCUUAAACCAUAGAAAAACUCAGGUUUCAUCUGCUGUAAAGCAGUUACCUAACAGAAAGUCUUUUCUCUAUGGAUCUUGGGCUGUCAAUAUUGCGUUCUAGGGAUGGGGAACAGGUAGCCCUCCUGGUGCUGCUGGGGUUCCUUGAGCCCCAGCCAACAGGGCCAGGGGUCUGGUGAUGGGAGUUGUAGCCCAGGAAGAUCUGCAGGGCCACAAACACCCAGCCAUAUUUGGUGGAAGAACGCUUGUGGUAGGUACUUCAGAUGGAAUGAAGAUGCCAAAGAGUGAUUUAAAAUUUUGCGCAGCCCAGGUUCAGAUGCUCCUGCCGGUUAAAUUCAAUUGCAAACUGCUAAAGCAAGCAGUAUAUUCUAAGGCGGUGGUUCUCAACUGGUGGUCUGUGUAACCCACCUAAGAAGGGGUGGGCUCUGUGGCACCAUUCACAUAACAAAAACUACCAUAGAGAGAACAACAUUUUCAAAAGCAGGCAUUCCAUGGCUUAGCUGUUGAAAAACAGGGUCUGCAGUACUUAGCUUACUGAGAACCACUGUUCUAAGGGCAUCUUUUGUGUUUUAUAACAUUUAUUUAUUUAUUUAAGGUAUUUAUUAUGCCACUUUUCAGGCAGUCGACGCAGAGCAGUUUACAAAAGAUAGCAGUGUGGGUUUUUUAAACGUUGCAAUACAUUUCAAAUGCAGGCGUAUGUUAAAGCAAAAGCUGGAACUGCUUCUUCUCUGCUCCCCUCAGGGCAAUAUGGGCUUUCAGAAUUGUGUGCAGUGGCAACUGGCGGCAGAAGGGGCCCUGCUGGGAACUAGAUGGUGGCAGCUCAGCAAAGUCCCCCCCCCCUCUUUCUCAGGGAGUGAGAUGGUCCUUCGGGGAUGGCAGUUGAGGGAGGGAGCGAGGAGGCUAAAAUACUGAAUUUUUGCAUUGCUGUAACAUGCCCUGAGACCUUAUGGUGAAGGAUGGGUAAAAAUGUUUAUAAAUCAGAAUAACAACAACUCUUAAUAUUAUCAUCAGCACAUAACAAACAAUAACACCCCCUCUCUUGAGCAAAAAAGGAUUUAAGCCUUUGAUAUCAAUAUACCAAUUUGUUUAUACCAGCAAUGACAACACAACCCAGGAAUGCCCCUAUUUUCCUCCAUGGGGGGGGGGGGGGAGAAGCAAUCACUUCUCCCCCAUUUUGCUGCUACAAUAAUUUCCCUGAUAAGCCAAGAGGCUGGAUGACAACACUGGACUUCACCACAGAGUUUUCAUAUACAAUUUUUUCUCCGCCCCCACUUUAGUAUAGCUACUCUGGGUUGCUCAGUCACAAUGCCCCCCUCUAUAUGCAAUAUGGAUAUAGUAAUGACGGGCUUUAUUUGCAUUUGUAGGGUAAUUUAUUUCCCCCCCCAAUGAAAUUAAACCUGAGUUAGACCAUGAACUCCUCCUGUCUAUGCUGCUCCUCUUUGCCUUUGGGUUGGUACCACAGCUACCCGGUCACAGCUACACUAAAGUCCUGGAUUUCUCAAUUAUUUUCCCAGAACACUGUUGCAAGAUGAAAGAGCAGCUUCAAAAUGAAUCAGACAGUCCUUUCUUUAUUGUCUGGAGAAGGAACUUCCUGGGUUAUUUUGAAGCUAUUUGCUGUCCUUUCCUGGUGCAUGUGUGACUAAAUCAGGGACAUCUCUGAUUUCACGUUUUGGCUAAAAACACUGAAGGCUCAUUUCUAACAAAGCAAUUAACUAGAAUAGUGCCUGCACAUUAACAACUCAUAAUAAGCUAUCUUUGGAGUAUACAAACAUAAAAUUUAACCAUUUCUUAAAUAUACACUCGAAAGAACAAACAAACCUGACCAGUGAAAGACAAAGGGUUAUUGUGGGUUAGUUAUCUGUGAGUGACAGUUUUCAUAACCAAGUGUGACCAUUCAGAUAUGAGCUGGUGCUGAGGAUGACUUAGAUCAGUAUUUCUCAAGCUUUUUAAACGGUUAGGUAACAUAAACCUCCCACACACCUCUUCAAACCUGGCUCCUGUAAUUAUUUUAUUUGAAUUUUUAAUUGGAUUGAAUUUUUGUGACUUUUUUCUCACACUAUCCACAUUUUUUUUUAAAAAAACAACAACACUCCCAUCCUGCCUGAGAUCUUCAUAUGCCCCCGAUUGAGAAACACUGAUUUAGAUUCUAUAAAGAAAUGUUGUCAACAGUAGAUACCUGGCAUACAACUUGAUGUUGAUAUAGUGCUCAUGAAGUUUUUCCUUGCAAGCUCAAGCAGUAUGGACUGAUGGAGGCUCCGUUAGAGAAUGGGAUGACGAAAUGUGUCUCUAGUCCAAAGACAAAUGAUACAGCAUCUGAUAUAGCAGAUCUGAGUCUAAUCAGUUCCUAGAUAGGAGACUGCCUGGGAGCCUGGAGUUCUUUAAUUCCAGUUACAACUAAAUGGCACCAACUUUACUGCGGAGUCUAAUAUCAUUUCUGAGCACUUACACUUGUGCCACAAGAUACAUUUCUGGCCUUCUUCUCACUGUCUGUAGGUUGUUUGGAUUGAUUGGUUUGUGGACUGAUGGCCUCUGAAAGUUGGACGUUUCUUGUUGAGGAGAUGAACUAGAUUCAUAACUGGGCUCAGGAAGGCAUUCAGCCUGUGAUUCUGUGCACCUCUGCCUUUCGUCCCAUGCUUAGAUUUAAUGACUUUCUGAUUUGAUCCAACUAUAGUUUGACAUUAUGUCUGACCUAAGAAACUAUUGUUUCUGUGAGCCCUCCAAACCAGGAUUUCAGAUCACAGUUGGAUCUUGUUUUGCAAUCUCUGAUUGGACAACCCACUCAGACCGGUUUGCUGCUUUAAAGAUAUGGCAAACUGGUUUGAUCAAACAAGUAAGUUAACCAUUUAAACUGUAAGGGGAGGAAGAAGGAAGGGGAAAUACAUGAGCACUUGACUUCUGAUUACAGUCAUAAGGUUCCUGCCUAUGUACACCAUAAAGUGGAGAGUGUAUCUUCAUCUGCUAUUUAGAAUAGUAAUUAUCCAUCAGGAUUUACUAACUGUUUGACUGACAAUGCCUUUCAUCUGAGAAUCAGCUUUUAAUUUAGUUAGCAAAUUAUUUUUUCCCAAGAUUCUUUAGAAAUGGUUGUUGUUUUAUAUGCAGGGAAUCGACAUUGUGUCACAGACUUUCAUGCCAUUGGCUGGAAUCCAAAGAGCUCUGUUGGACACACCUGUGGCCUUGGGCAUGCCCAGCAGAGUUCUGGAUUGGUUGCCCUUGAACAAGAGACAUCCUUCAUUCCACCUGCAAGAAACACAAGUCAAAAGCUGCCUCAGACCAUUUUAUUUAUUUAUUGAAUUUAUAUACCGCCCUGUACCCGGAGGUCUCAGAGCAGUUCAAAAUAUUUCAAAAUAUGAAACCACAAUAUAUAUAAUCAAAAAUUUAAACCACUUGUGUGGGUCUUUAAUUGAGUCCUUGUCACGGUAAAAGGUGGGGUAUUGAUUGAUUGAUUUGUUCUGAGCAAGGCAAGAGCAGUGGGGCUGAGCAGAAUGGCAGAGGCACCCCUGCUUUCAGAUUCUGCUGCUCCUGCUGCUCAGAAUAGAUGAUAGGAGGGCGGUAGGAAGGCUGCUUUCCUCUGCAUCACCUUCUGCCAAGAACAGCGGAGAAGCCUGGAUCAGCCCCAUUUCCAGUAGCUGGGCUUGGUUUAGGACCCAGUGGAUUUGAUGGCUUUACACUUUACAGUAGGAAUAUUGCUGGUGAUAGUGGGCCGGGGGGGGGGGGGGCGCUUCAUGGCAGCAGAGCCCUUGCCCCCCCCCCCCCAGUGGCAGAGCUUAGUGUAUCCAGGCGAAGAGACACCUCUGACUCAACCUAGCCACCUCCAUCACAACAGAUUUUCAGCACAAAUAUUAUUUUCAGUCCUGGAUGUCUCAAGUUUAUGGGCUGUCCUGUUAGAAGAGGGCCAAGGAACUUCUAAAAAAUACCUUGGAAGCACCACUGUCAUUUGGCAGCAAUAGCUGGUUAGAUGCACUAAUGGUCUGUGUGACUUAGUAUAAGGCAGGCAUCCCCAAACUGCGGCCCUCCAGAUGUUUUGGCCUACAACUCCCAUGAUCCCUAGCUAACAGGACCAGUGGUCGGGGAAGAUGGGAAUUGUAGUCCAAAACAUCUGGAGGGCCGAAGUUUGGGGAUGCCUGGUAUAAGGCGACUUCAGAUACCUUCACAAAACCGUUUUUCUCUCAACACAUCGAUUUUUGAAACAGCAUUGUAAAGAAACUCUAGAGCAGGCACCCCCAAACUUCGGCCCUCCAGAUGUUUUGGACUACAAUUCCCAUCUUCCCCGACCACUGGUCCUGUUAGCUAGGGAUCAUGGGAGUUGUAGGCCAAAACAUCUGGAGGGCCGCAGUUUGGGGAUGCCUGCUCUAGAGUGUGGCAUUCAACCAUCUUUACUCGGGGAAGACCAUUGAAAUCAAUGCACUUAGGUAUGUUCAUUCAUUUUAGUGAGUUUACUCUGGUUAAAAUUUAAUUGAAUGCAAGCAAUAGAAUUUGCUGUUUGCGAAAGAAACUAGCACUGGUUCAGCACUUUGACAUUCAUGUAAACAAUAAGAAAUCCAAAUUAUUCCUUUGUCAGUUGCUGCAUCGCUGAAGCUGUGUUGCACCUGUUCUGACUUGGACCAGCUCAGCACAUGAGGAUUCCAGAAAUCGUUUGGCAGUGGGAGAAAAGUGCCAUGUGAACUCACAUUUAUUUUUCUGAGCAGUGUUAAUAGGUGCCCUUGUGUUUUGUUUCUUUGUACCUCUUUUCCCCCCAAAGUGUUUUUGUAUACUUACGAAGAAAAUGGUGCCACAGCUCAGGAAUCUGGACAGAGAGCAUCAAGGAAAAUGAAGGUUCUGGGUUCUGGUUUGGGCUAACUUUUUUCUAGUUCAGCUCUGUUCUCUUCUUCCCCUGGCAGUAAUGGUAACAGCAGUAGCUGGAGCAGUCUUGGUUUAGAAGGAGAUAUGUAUGAGGAGAAUUUAUCCUUUCCAACAUCAGACAGUGAUGGAACAGAAGACAAAGAGGAAGAGCUUAAAGAUACAAUUGAAG